UCCUGAUCAACCUGAUUUACGGGAGGUGUUGGAGAGGUUGGAGCGAGUCGAGAGUCGUCAGGAUACCAUCCUAGAGAACCAGGCGGUCAUCAUGGAUGCUGUCAAUAAGAUCUUGACAUUCGUACAAGAUCUUCCAAAUGAUUCUGAUUCUGAUUCCGACUCACGUGACCUCCCAGAUGAUUUUGUCUCACAUGACAUAGGCACUCCUCCCUCGAUAGUACUCACAGCAAAUCCUGAGACCCCAGGUGUUGCUAUUAUAGAACCUGGGGAUGUUGCUGGUGUAGAGUUUCAAUUGGCCAAGAGGAAAAGAUGCAAACCUAAGAAAUUUGAAGACUACACCGACCCAACCAGAAAGAAAGCUCGUUUGGAUGCGAUUGAUGACGUGCCAUUAGUCCUCGACCCUCUAAAGAAGCCACUUGCUACACAGUACAGAACGGUCGGCAAGUGGUUGCUUGGAGAUAUUCCGAACAAGACGAAGAGGGAUGUCCAAUCUCGUGUGUAUGGUCCGAGUUGGUUUCUGACGAUGAAGACACCACAGUUUUGGAUCGAUGAUGGGCAUAUUGAUGCGGCCAUGCAUAUGCUACGUAGGCGUCGAUAGUUCUAUCCC